GUGGAACAGGAUAGAAUAGGAUACAAAACCGCUCCAUUCUCGCAACGAAAUCCAAGCGUCGUUGUUGUUGGGAUUGGAGGCGAGGCGUGAGCUAGUCUGGUAGUUGGGUGGCGCUUGCUCMAAGCCUCCGUCUGCUUCGAUCCCAUCCCAUCCCAUCGAAUCGAAUCGAAUCGAAGCGACGCGAACACGGCCAUUGCACCAUGAAUCAGCAACAGCAGCAACAUGCGCCACCGAUGACGAUGCAGCAGCAGCAGCAACACCAACACCAACAGCACCCACCACAGCAGCACGUUCCACACCACAAGCACUCGGCAAUGCGGACCGGGGGACAAUCCCACCCCAACCCUCCCCACCCGAGCGGCCCCCGGGCCCAGUGCGACCAGGUCGUCUUCGAGGCGAUCGCCAAGGCGGCCGAGAUCGUCGUGGCCAGCCGGUGCUGGCUCGGGGAGGCGGGGGAGGGAAGGGGAGCGAGCAGCAGCAACGGCAGCGGCCGCUUCAACCUGCUGGUCCCGGAGGUCCAGAGCGUCAGGUGAGGAAACGAACGACGGGAAAGAAAAGAAAAGAAAAGGACGGGUUGUGCCUUUGGGCUCGGGUUUGCCGUUGGUUGUGCUUCCACGAAACAAAAUGCUGUUCUCUCACCCCAACUACCUCUUGCCUCUUUGCACAAAACCAACUCUGCACCAUGCCCACGACACCGGAUGCAAAUGCAAAUGCAAUCGCUCGAUCCGUGCAUUGCCUUUCCCCCAUUGCACCAUUCUACUGUACUACCGUGCCUCUAUCGCCCACCCAACAGGUCCAUCCUGCAGCGGUGGAAGAGAACCAUGCACGUCCCGCUCCGCCUGGACGUGUACUACCAGCACGCACCUUCACCGGCCGCGAACGCAAACGCGCACGCGAACGAGCAAGGGGCCCGGGCGGAGGGAGACCGGGAGCUCCUGGAGCGGUGGUGCCUCGAGUACGCACCGGUGGAAUCGGCAUCGGAACCGCAGAGCGGUCUUCUGGCCUCCCUCGACGACCCCAUCGUCCAGCUGCGAAAGGUCUGCAAGAACAUUGUGGUGUGGCUGAGGACCCUCUACUGCCACUCGCGGCUGCUCCCGGCCCAGGCCCUCCGCAAGAGGGGAGGCACAACCACGAACACGAGCCGGAGCAGCGGCCACAUUGGCUUUUCCGUCUACGUCGUCGGCAAGGGACAGGACGACGUGAGCGGCCUGCUGCAGCAGGGCUUUGGCAGCGAGCCGUCGGCGGCCGCUCGUGGUGGUGGUCCGCCCGGAGGGGUGCAUACCCCCUACGGCGUCCUGGGAUGGAGGGCCUACACGGCACCGAGGGCCCUGGUGGAGAAGCUGGUGGCCCUGGAGCGCGGGCGCGAGUCUCUGCGGACGCGGGAAAUCCCGGGGACGGGCACGAGGUCGAUCCCGAUGAAGGUCCUGCACCACCCACGGUCCCAUCCGCACCAGCAGCAGUACUAUAGCAGCACCCCUCCCACGAACGGAACCACGCUCUUUUCGUCGCCCUCGCAGCAGCACUCCCAGCAGCAACCCGUGGCCCGGUCGGCCCCCCACCGCGGCUACCGGAGGUCCCACUCGUCCCCCGUGGAGCACACGGGGGGGCACCUUCGACAACAGCAACCGCAGCAACAACAACAACCACAGCCGCUGCCGGCCUCGCUGCACCCGAACCUCCUGGCCCCCGGAUCCCACCACGGGCUCCGGCGGCGGAGCGGGACCCACCACGAGGGGAUGGUUUCGGUUUCGGCUGCAACGGAGACGACCGGCUUUGCGCGGGACGAAACCGGCCCGGAGGAGGACGAGGUCCGUCCACCGGGUGCCUCGAAUCAGGGCUCGGGGUCCGGCGGGAUCGGCGGGGGCAAGAACCUGAGCGCCCUGUCGCUGGCCCUCCUGACGAUGAAGGACCACGAAGGGAACAACGGCGGGGGCACCAGCCAACCAACCCCGAGCGACGAUCCACAGCGGCAAGCUCGCACCCCGGAACACCAGCAGCAACACCCUCAUCAGCAGCAAGACCAACAAACCCCGGAAGAGAUUGCCGCCUCGGAAAAACGAAGGGCCGCCCUCCACAGGGCUCCCCCGGUGGCGGCCACCGGGGUGGGGGAAUACGGGUACGCCUACAACAACCACCACGGCGGCGGCCUCUCGUCCUCCCCGGGCUUUCGGCCCUCCUCGAUGACGCCCUCGACCUACGGGACCACCCCGCCGGGCUACCUGCUCAGCGGGACGCCCUCGGUCGGGAGCUACCUGGGAAGCAAGACCGCGGGCCUCCUGGUCCCCCCGGGCCGGCCGGCCCCUUCCUCGGCGGGGGGCGAGACCGGGUCCGAGGGGGCACCCGUUCCGCCCCCCUUUGUCCGGUCCCUCGGCUUCUCGGGGCAGCCGGUGGCGGCUCUCGCCCCAAGCGGUGCGACCGAACGGGGGCCGGAAAAGGAGGGCCUCUUGCACGGACCAGAGGGCACUUGCGCCGUCGGAAGUGGUGCACCCGGGUCGUCCCAGCGGGACGCUGGGGACGACCACGAGCCGUCCCUGGAUCUCCUCCACUCGAGCCCCUUUGCGUCCGCCGGGGCGUCCUCGGUGCCGGCUUCCGCCGGGGAGGGCCGAGAAGCGCACCUCGAGAAAGACGGCCUCUCGUCCUUUCUGCAGGCCGAGGAACACGCCAGCAUGGAGGCCGCGACGACCUUCAUCAACGACUUUUACCACCACCACUACCACCUCGGGACCCACAGCAACCACUACCAACAGCACUACCACCACCACGACGAACACGAACGCGAAUCCACCCACCAAACCAGCGCCACCGAAGGCUUUCGCCCCUGGUUCGAUCGGUCGGGCCUUUCCACCGGCCCGUCCUCCUCGGCCUUUGGGGGCGGCGCCGAAAGCCCGUACCACUCCCACCACCAUCCCCCAGACGGCCCGGCGGGCCUGCACCAGCAGGCCGAGGACAUGCCCUUUGCCGUGGAGGGCAUUGGCAACGAAAGGUCCUCCCCCCGCAAGCCCCAGGGCUCGGGUGUUUCCGCGUCCGCCUCGGCCUCCCUCCAGGCCUCGAUGGGCAUGGUGGCCCCGCCGCGGCGCCUGGCCAUGUUCGGGGGCGGCAGCGCCGGGGGCCAGCCCGGUUCGCCCUCUUCCGCGCCAAAGGCACCAACCAAAACACAAGCACGGGCCUCUUCUCCCGGGGCGGACCCGGUGGUGUCGCUGGCGGACCAGCUCUCCGAGUUUCGGUCCUUUGGGGCCGGACUCUCGUCGGUAGGGAGUGGCACCCCUUGCGGCACCGCCGCCGCCCUCACCGCCAGCGUCGGAUCGGGCGGCUGAUAACGAGCGAGCGAGUGAGAACGAAACGAAACGAAACGAAACAAAAGCCAGCGGAUCCGUCCGAGCGGCACGAUCCGCGGGAUCGCACCGGACGCCAGUCCAUUGAAAAGGUUGUUGCGAGCGAGAAAACCCACCGGGUGUCCCCCCGCGGGUGGACCGCCGCUGGUUUUUGUUUCUCGGAAAGCGGAGACGGAUUCCCAGGUAGCCCCGCGCCAAAAGAGGUGCAUCAAAGGCGUCGAGAUGGUGCCAAAAGGAAUAGAAAUAACAGCGCUAGGAAGCAGAAAGCAAGCUCUCUGCUGCCUUGCGACACAAUAGAAAACGCUACAGUCCCGCAUUUUGCAUCCUAUUUAUAACUACGUCGAGUUCGGAGUAUAUUGUGCAUCUAGUAUCUAACCAAUCUUACUGGACAAAGUGCAUGGCAGACAUGAUCGAGCUUUGCUUCGUAUGGUAUGACACGAUCAUACAUUCAACGUUUCAGGAGGAUUCCAAGCAAAAGCCGAUGUUGUGUUUAUGGUAUAGAAAUUUUGUCAUCAAUCGUUUGCAGUAUGUGUCUUUACGACGUCAUGCGUUUAUUACACAUCUUUAUCCUUCGAGUUAGAUUGGUAUCCUUGUGCGUAUAGGAAUAAUGAAAGGCCAAGGGAGAUGUUGGGUUUUGUGGCUAUGGAAACAGGAGGAACACGUGAAUCGGCAGAUGAAUCCAUAAAAGAGAGGGUCAGAGAACGCGAUACGUAUGAGGUGGUUGGAACGGGGAGAACCCAUGAUCUAGAAUGAGAUAGAGUAUCAUGAGGACCACGAAAUUACAGCGGAAAUGAGAGCAUGAGGAAAACACGGCGCUGGCCAUGGCAUUGCCCGUGGCUGUUUGCCCAAUCCAGUCAUAUUCAUCGUGGCUCUUGGCAUGCAGACAAUCGACAUGUUUUCGAGACUUGUUGCUUUCGGCGGUUCGCUUCAAGGCACAUAUCAGAAAGCCGACAUACACACUUCAUUUGGUGCCAUUGGAUUGCAAGGCUCACAGAUAAUAAUAUCAACAAUAAUCA